AUGAAUUAUAUAAAGAUCAACUUCAAUGCGGCGGUGCAAACACUAAACAUGAGCACCGCCGCCCCUGCACCGCCGGCCGAGACCGCCGUCGCCGCACGCCAUCGCCAUCAACCGCCGCGAAAGGCACCCCCCAAACGCCGAUGUUAUAGAUGCAAUAAAAUGGGGCACACUGUCCGGCAAUGCCUCGCCCCACAAACACCUAGGAGAGCACCAGCCACACAACGUGGAGGGUUGAGUUCCGUUAGGGUAAGGCCGCCGCGGAGUCUGAGUGCAAGGUCGACACGCACUCAGACUCCCGGUCCCCAACCUAUCGGAAUAUCAACCCCGAUGGCAUCAACCGUAAGUAAUAUUUUUAAUCCUAAUAGUGCUAAAUAA